GUCCACCAGAACGUGCUGGGCAUCAUCCACGCCCUGGCCGAUCCUUCGAGAUCCGACGAGGAGCAGUUGCGCCAAGUGGCCGGAAGAAUCUUGUUCGUCGCUUUCGUCGUCCGGAAGUGCCUCCCCUCAACCGAAAUUGGAUUUGCUGCUGGGUCGGGCCGGCGAAGACGCCAAAGGUGGCGGCGGGAAAAAAGUUGCACUUUUGCGCUCACUGCCCGGCCGGCUUCCUGGUCGAGACGGAGCUCCUGAUUCACACACACACAACGCUUUCACGGAGUCAAACUGGCCUUCCGCUGUGACGUCUGCUCUUACACGGCCCGCCAAGAGAACCACCUGCUGGCCCAUUGGAUGGUCCACAGUCGCGAAUAUCAAGAAAGAACCAAGGUGCUGGUGGAACAUCACGGCGCGUCUGAACAGCAUCCGCAGCCUCGCAUUUUGGCCGUCCAACCCAACAGCAGUGCGGACGAGGAGGAAGGGGCGAUAGAUUUGACCCGCCGGAAGGAAUCGGAGGUGAAACCCAGUCAAACUGCCAUCACUGCCGAAAAGACUUGGGCCAAUUGCCCGCUGUGUCCGGCUCGAUUCGAUCCGGACAGCAAAGCGCUGAAGUACCACAUCUCUCUGCACGGUGGCAACGGCCCGUUCCGCUGCCAAUUCUGCAUCUACGCCGUCAAGGCCCAGGACAAUUUGACGAAGCAUGAGAAGCUGCACCUGCACCAGACGGAAGACGAGGACGAGAUGACGGCCGAGACGACGACGACGGACAACAAUACGAAGCCGCUGAAACGGUUCCAGUGUUCCAAGUGCCCGUCCAGCUUCGAGAUGAAGGGGCAGUUCAAAGCCCAUUUUAAUCUGUACGGCUCCAAGCAGCGCUACCGUUGCGACCGUUGCGACCGUUGCGACUACGCCGUCAAGUACUACACCAAUUUCCUGCAGCACAUGAAGAGGCACGACGAGAGCGAGACGGCCGUCGACGGAGCCGAUACGACGGCCGACGAAGCCAUGGACGUCGAAACCCACGAGCCACCGCCGACAACCACCGCCGUCCCGACGAUUCAAUUGCCCGAGCAGCCGCUGUCGACGGCCGACCGCCAACACAUUUAGCUGCAGGACAAGUGUCCAGGAGAGCGUCCAGGAGCCGUUUUCUUGCCAAUACUGCCCGUACAGGUGUGGCAGCCAGGAGGAUCUGAUCGCUCACAUCGGCCAUCACACGAGUCCAACGAAGCCACGGACAUUUUCCGCUGCAAUUUCUGCGAUUUCACGGUGAUGAUUCUGGAGGAACUCUCCGAGCACAUUGGGCUGCACUUCCAGUUGCCGGAAAGUUAUUGCAGCAAUGUUUGGCGGUUCCCUUUUUCCUCUCCUUAUGCAUCCUCUAUUGCGGAUGAUGAUGAUGGGAGCCGCACGCCAUUUGCCCAUCAAUCCGCCAAAUCGAUUCACGGACACGCAAGGAUCACCUAUCGUUUUUUCUUAUUUAUUUAUUUUCUUUCAUAGCGUCUUCUUUUCUUCUCGUGACUUUUCUUUUUCUUUGGAAAUUGGAGGAGGCGGAAUCGUAGGCAGGACAUGACAAGAAUUCUCGGUAUCUUCAUUUUUAUCUUGUGCAAACCAAACGUAAUUGUUUAUCCUGCGGGAUUUGGGCGUGUUUUUCUUUUUUUUUUAAGUGGCUUCGUCGUAUCUAUUAUGCUAGGCGUCUUUGUUUUUUAAUGUUUCUCUCCUUAUAAUAUCAAAUGUCGAAAGUGCAAUGACUUGAAAUUGUUAUGGCUUCUUUGUGUUCGCCUAUUUUCAACACCAUAGAAGAAGAAAACGGCCUUGUUUCUUUUUUUGGGCUUGUUUUUAUAUCAUCAUUUAUAACUAUUAUAUGUUUCGGGAGAAAAACGGGUUUCUUUGUAUGUUCAUCACAUUUCGCUAUUUUAAUUUUGUUCGAUUUACGUUGUUUUUUUGGUUGUUGCUUUGGCCGUAAAACGAGAAGUCAUCAAAACUUUUCUCAUUUGUUCUCGUUUUUUUUUUAAAUGAAAAGUUCAGAAGAGAAACGGGACAUUUGGUUGA